AUCACAGGCAACUGCGGCCGGUCCCCAGAACGUUCAAUUAAUUUCAAUUUAUUUAUCCGUCAUCUUGUGCGCUCGUUUGGAAGUAUUUUACCGAAGACAAGGAUUCAAUUUCAGGAUCAACGAGAUUCGAGAAAUCAUGGGAAAUGUGGUGAAACCGAAGUUCUGAGCAGGACCUCGCAGAGAAAUCAAAUUCUGAAAAUGGCGGCUGAUAAGGUAACACUGACUGAUGCCUUAUCCAACGUUGACGCCCUAGAUGAACUUACGUUACCCGAUGAACAACCAUGCAUCGAAGCUCAGCCAUGCUCUGUCAUUUAUCAAGCUAACUUUGAUACUAACUUCGAAGACCGGAAUGGCUUCGUCACCGGGAUAGCAAAGUACAUCGAAGAAGCCACCGUUCACGCCAGUUUGAAUGAACUUUUGGAAGAUGGCUUGGAACAUGCGGUCAUGCUGUACACGUGGCGAUGUUGCUCUCGAGCCAUCCCGCAACCGAAGUCUAACGAGCAGCCGAACCGGGUGGAAAUCUACGAGAAGACGGUUGAAGUGUUGGCUCCUGAAGUGAACAAGCUGCGUAAUUUCAUGUACUUUCAGCGGAAAGCCAUCGAAAGAUUUUGCGCAGAAGUAAAAAGGCUGUGCCAUGCUGAAAAGAGGAAGGAUUUUGUGUCAGAAGCCUACUUGCUCACCUUAGGAAAAUUUAUCAAUAUGUUUGCGGUGCUAGAUGAACUGAAAAACAUGAAAUCAAGUGUGAAAAAUGAUUACUCUACCUAUCGCCGUGCCGCCCAGUUCUUGAAAGUAAUGGCAGAUUCACAUACCCUGCAGGAGUCACAGAAUUUAUCUAUGUUUCUUGCAACGCAGAACAAAAUUCGAGACACAGUGAAAGAGAAUUUGGAAAAAAUAAUCGGUUAUGAAGAGCUUCUGUCCGAUGUUGUCAAUCUGUGUGUGCACAUGUUUGAAACAAAAAUGUACCUGACACCCACUGAAAAGCACAUGCUGGUUAAGGUUAUGGGCUUUGGUUUGUUUUUGAUGGACAAUGAGCUCUGCAAUAUCAACAAACUCGACCAAAAGAAGAAACUAAAUCUCAGUAAAAUCGACAGAAUUUUCAAGAAUCUAGAGGUUGUCCCUCUCUUCGGUGACAUGCAAAUAGCGCCAUUCAACUAUAUCAAGCGCUCAAAGCAUUUUGACCCUGGGAAAUGGCCUUUAUCGAGCUCUGUUACGAUCAGUCCCCAAGCUGAUUUGAUGGUGCACUUGCCGCAAAUACGAGAAGAUCAUGUCAAGUACAUCAGUGAGCUUGCUAUCUAUAGUAACGAGGUUAACACUACAUUCAAAGAAAUGAGGUCAGAUCAGGAAAACAAGGAAACAGCAGAUUUAGCCUUGCGUGGUUUACAAUUGCUGUCGGAAUGGAGUAGCGUCGUCACAGAACUUUACUCAUGGAAAUUGUUACAUCCAACGGAUCAUCAUCAAAAUAAAGAAUGCCCACAAGAAGCUGAAGAAUAUGAAAGAGCAACACGCUACAACUACACAGAAGAGGAAAAAUUUGCGCUAAUUGAGGUGAUUGCGAUGAUCAAAGGCUUGCAAGUUUUAAUGUCUCGUAUGGAAACCUUUUUUACCGAAGCCAUCAGACGCAAUAUUUAUGCUGAACUCCAGGACUUUGUGCAAGUAAUUCUCAGAGAGCCUCUCAGAAAAGCUAUAAAGAACAAACGGGACCUAAUCAGAAGUAUUUUGGUCUCUGUUCGAGAAACAUGUGCUGAUUGGCAGCGAGGGGUUGAGCCAUCAGCAGAUCCUGCACUGAAAGGAAAGAAAGAUCCUGAUUCUGGCUUUGGUAUCAAAGUUCCUCGAAGGAACGUCGGCCCUUCCUCAACCCAGCUUUACAUGGUGCGUACGAUGUUGGAGUCCUUGAUAGCAGAUAAAUCAGGAGGGAAAAGAACUUUGAGGAAAGAUAUCGAUGGCCAGUAUCUGAUGCAAAUAGACCAAUUCCACAAAACAUCGUACAAUUGGAAUUAUCUUCUUAGUUUUAGUGAGUCCUUACAACAAUGCUGUGAUUUAUCUCAGCUUUGGUAUCGUGAAUUUUACCUUGAAAUGACCAUGGGGCGACGUAUUCAGAAAUGCACAGUGCGACAUCAACACAAUGAAGAGUGCAGCGAUCUCAUCACAAUGGAAAAACGCAUACAGUUUCCAAUUGAAAUGUCAAUGCCGUGGAUUUUGACCGAUCAGAUUCUACGUACAAAAGAGCCUUCAAUGAUGGAGUUUGUCUUAUACCCGUUAGAUCUCUACAAUGACAGUGCUCACUAUGCUCUGACUGUCUUCCGCAAACAAUUUUUAUAUGAUGAAGUUGAGGCAGAAGUCAAUCUGUGCUUCGAUCAGUUCGUUUACAAACUUAGUGAGCAGAUAUUUGCUCAUUAUAAGCAACUCGCAGCUAGUAUUUUCUUAGAUAAACGUUUUCGUGUUGAGUGUGUGGCCAUGGGAACUUAUUUGCUGGCAUAUCCGCGCGCAAACCGGUAUGAAACACUGUUGAAGCAGCGACAUGUGCAAUUGUUGGGUAGAUCAAUCGACCUCAACAAACUAAUUACACAACGCAUCAACGCUGACAUGCAGAAAUCUCUUGAGCUUGCCAUUUGUAAAUUUGAAGGGGGAGACAUAACAGGUGUUGCUGAAUUGGAUGGUUUGCUACAAGUGAACAGACUGUGUCAUAAACUUUUGAGCAAGCAUUUGACGCUUGAUGAAUACGAUGCCAUGUUCCGAGAGGCUAAUCACAACGUUUUAGCUCCCUAUGGCAGGAUUACCUUACACGUUUUUUGGGAGCUUAAUUACGAUUUUCUACCAAAUUAUUGCUACAAUGCUGCAACUAACAGGUUUGUGAAAUGCCGUGGAAUCACGUUUACGAACCCUGUGCAUAGAGACAAGCCUCCACAAAUGGGCCACGCUUAUCUCUGGGGGAGCAAACAAUUGAAUCUUGCGUACACUACAAUUUAUAGUCAGUAUACAGGUUUUGUCGGUCCUUGCCACAUGCGCAAUAUGUGCAGAUUAUUAGGUUAUCAAGGCAUCGCAGUAGUAAUGGAAGAGCUCCUCAAAAUCGUCAAAUUACUCAUCCAAGGAAACCUCCUUCAGUUCACUAAGACCCUGAUGGAAGCAAUGCCUAAAACAUGCAAGCUUCCACGAUACGAUUAUGGAUCUCCAGGGGUCCUCGGUUAUUAUCACGCUCAAUUAAACGAUAUCGUUCAGUAUCCAGAUGCCAGGACGGAACUGUUUCACAACUUCCGUGAGUUUGGCAACACGAUCCUAUUUUGUCUACUCAUGGAGCAAGCACUUUCCCAGGAAGAAACGUGCGACUUAGUCCAUGCUGCUGCAUUCCAGAAUAUUUUGCCAAGGCCGUUCUGUAAAGAGGGUGAGAAACCAGAAGUUAAGUUGCGGAAGCUAGAAGCCAAAUUUGAUUCUCUUCAUAUUGUCGCACAUGUAGAAAAACUUGGAUCCGCCAAGCAAACUAUGAUUGCCAAAGAAGGAGACCUUUUGACGCGCGAGAGAUUGUGCUGCGGUUUGUCGAUAUUUGAAAUCGUCUUGUCACGCCUUCGUGGGUUCCUUGAUGAUCCCAUCUGGGUGGGAGUUCCGCCCACCAACGGAGUCAUGAAUAUUGAUGAGUGCACUGAAUUCCAUAGGCUGUGGUCUGCUCUACAAUUUGUUUAUUCCAUUCCUGUUGGAGAGACGGAAUUUACUGUAGAGGAACUUUUUGGUGAAGGUCUCCACUGGGCCGGCUGCACAAUGAUUGUUCUUCUAGGACAGCAACGCAGAUUCGAAGCCCUCGACUUCUGUUAUCAUAUUUUAAGAGUUCAGAGGGUUGACGGGAAAGAUGAAAAUGUCAAAGGCAUUAACCUCAAACGGAUGGUAGACCGAAUCCGCAGGUUCCAGGUGCUGAACUCUCAGAUAUUCGCAACAUUAAACAAAUACCUGAAAUCAAGCGAAAACGACAGUGCCUCAGUCGAACAAGUCCGCUGCUUCCCACCACCGAUUCACCCCUCCCUUGCAGCGCACGCACACUACUAUAGACCGGAGACCCUGCAGUCACAAACUGUGCAUAACCUCUGAAUUCCCCCACUGAAAGGAACUUGUGAUUUAUCUUCGUCUCAAGGAUUAUUUCAUUCCAUUUGUAAAAGGCUCACUGUUAUGUGAGAGAUUGUGAUAAGGAAAUUUUAGUUCCAGAGUGUGAACACAGUACCUCUUAUCCCCCUUUUUUCCUACGUUCAAUUUCUUCUAUUAUUUAUGCAGGCAUUUGGUAUCCAAAACGCGUUUUGUACCUACUGAAGAGUAGCUCUCCGUGGGUAAAAACUGUGUGAAACUUAAAUUUUAUCAUAUUGAAUCUAAAGUUGCGUUUGUGCUGUCAGGUUUGUACGAAGAAAUGAGCACUCCAACCUGGGUCUUGUUAAAUAAUGACUACGCAAGACAUUUUGAUUCCAAACAUUUUUGGUACGAUUGUUUGUCUAACUUAGCUAACGGCCUCAUCACCCGCAGCUUGAGAAUUCUUCUACGCCUGGCAAUGCUGCUUAUACCAAAGGUUGGUGUUAUGAUCUCUCAGUCAUCUGAAGACAAUCCUUCUGGGUUCGUUCUUCUCAAUUAUGUUACGACACCAAUUUCUAAUAUGUCUAUUAUGUGUACAAAGCCAAUUAGUUGAUUUGCCAUACUUAGUGAAUAUACAAGACACGCAAAUUAUUUAUCAUUGCACCGUAUUUGCAAAAUGCUUGAUUACUUUAUUUAGUGCAAGGAUAUUGAUUUUCCCACUUGGUUGUUCUGUCUCGAUGGGAAUAAGCGAUCAUGCAGUUCACGAAAAUGCAUGUUUGUUUAUUCUCAACCAUCGGUCAGUUAUUUUCGGAGUAUUUUAGUCUCGAAAAAUUGUUCGAGGUUCUCCGUCUUCCAUUUUUCAUUUUUUUUUAUUUUUUUACUCUCAUUAAUUUCUUAAUUGUUAUGUGAUUAGAUAUAGUUAACCUCCAGUGCAGUGUAGUAAUGAAAAUGAUUUAAACCGGUAAUUAUUAUGUAUCUUCCUGCGACCUCUGUGGCCAAGGAAUUGAAUUUUUGUUAACAAAAAAUCCGUGGUGCAAUCUUUGUAGAGAUUUUGGGAAAACUUUGAACAAAGAGCCCAAGAAGAGGUUUAAUUUCCGCAAAAUCUGUUCAAAUCUCAGAUCCUUGAGCUUUUCAGGGCAUUUUUAAAAAUUUCUACCGGAAUUUGAAUAUGUAGGUUAUUAAGCUUCUGCUCUGAGAUUACCUACUGUUGCUGACUUAAUGGUCAACUCUCUCAUUAUUGGCUUUUUAAUUCUUCGUAAACGUCCAACCAAACGCGAACACUCUGCUGUGUGUUUACUAUCAGGAAAGUUAAUGUGGUUUUAAAAACCUGAAAAAAAAUUGUUUAGAAAAAUCAACCCUUGAUCAGUGUAGUGAUCCUCUUGUACAUCGCUUCUCAAUUUAAAUGAGUUUUAUAUGUAAUCGUAUGUGUAUAAUUUUUAUCAUUGUACGAAAUAAUUUAUUAAAUCAGUAGCUUUUUAUUUACA